GAUCUUCUUCUUUUUUUUCCCCCAUUGUAUAGGGGAAAAUUAAAUUAAUAUUUUGUUUUUGUUUUUUUUUGUUUUUUAAAUCUCUAACCCGUUGGCUCCCAAUAGUCAUUCUUGACCUUCGUCGAGUGUCGCCCUUCAUCAUUGUGAUUCACCGCAUCUGGUUCGCAGCCUCUCUCGCCGUUGUUCGUCAAUCCAUAACCCUAUAAUGCUUUCAGUAUUUGUAGGGUAUUGUUGGAAUUUAAUUUGUUCCAAAAAAAAAAGCACGAUUGGGGAUGUGAAUUAAUAAAAAAUGAGUGUGUAUAUAAUUUCUCUUUAAAAACAUUAUUUUUUAAACUUUCAAUUGGUGAGUGACAAUGGCGCAAUCAUCAACCAGUGGAAAGAGGGCAAAAACAUCCAUCCACGAUGACGUCUCCGGCAACGACGCCGCCGCAAUUGAAGCCUACAAGACUUACGUACGGGUGAUGUCUUGCAUUCCCCCAACCCACUUCAAAGAGAUGGAAAAAACCAAACCAGAGAGUAUGCGUAAGCAUAAGUUGUUGCUCGAGUCCAGGGACCAACUGAAAGAGAUACAUGCUGACAUUGUCAAGGAGGAAGCCCUCUUUGUUGAGGAGAGAAAGAGAUGGGUGGCUGAUAACCGGAAUCUCUGUACUGACAUGAAUAAGUUUUUUGUCGAAAGAUGUCAAUGGGAAACAAAUUUUAAGGAAAUAUACUUAAAGCCUCUUUAUGAAAAGAGAUGUAUUGCUGCUAAAGGAGUCCCUGACUUUUGGCUUACUGCAAUGAUUGCUAACAAGAUACUUUAUAAGCAGAUUGCAGAGAGAGAUACAGAGGCUUUGUACUUUUUGAAUGAUAUCGAGUCUAGUAGGACAAUUGAUUUGAAAGGAUUUGAGCUGAAGUUCACCUUUGACGAUCAUAAUCCUUAUUUUAAGAAUAAAGUCUUAACUAAAAAGUAUGAGGUGAUUGAUGACAACGAGUCUGUUUCGUUGAAGGCAAUUGGGACUAAAAUAGACUGGUAUCCUUCUCAAAACUUAACGCAGCAGAGUGGUAAAAGCAGUGAAAGUUUCUUUAAGUUCUUUAGUUCAUAUGCUACUAUCGAUCCUCUUUCUUUUGACAAAGAAGCUGAUGAACUCAAAGGCGACCUUCCAACGGAUUAUUUAAUUGGUACCAAGUUUCGAGACAAGAUCAUUCCGCAUGCUAUAUCCUGGUAUACAUUUUCAGAGGAUGAUGAUAGUGAUUUUGGAGAUGACAAUGAUGAAGAAUGUGAGCGUUGCUCAAGAUGGUAGAUAAGAAAAAGUCGUAGAGGCUUCUUGAGAGUCCUUGAUUUUUGGAAUGUUGACAUGGGCACAUGGUUACCUCUGUUUUUACUCGUUACAUUAUGUUGGGUAAUACCAAGUGAAGUCUUUUUUCAAAGAUGACUUGGAGUUAAUUUUUUUAGUCAUUUAGUUCUUUAGUACUUCUAAUUUUGUAAUCAAGUUUCAUGGAUCAUUCAUGGAAUUACCUUACUUGAUCUUGUUAGGAAAUCAGGCCAUACUAUAAGGCUUGUGUUUAUGUUUAUCUAGGUGAAUUUCAUUACCAGUUAUCUCGAUCAUGACCUAAUUUCAACCAUAUGCUUCUCAACCGUUAUC